GUUACAUAAUGGGCUACGGGUCUAAAGAAGAGGGCGAGGAGCCAAACGACAGUCAACAGCUGAUCGCCGCCUCUCAGCUGACCCACGGCCAGCACACGCCACUGUGUAGGCAGGACUCGCCCGUGUGUUGCUGAGUUUUUUGUGUCCUGGCGCGGAUUACACUUCAGCUGCCUGGAGAUUCGACAGUACUGGGACAAAAGGCGAGGAUGCUGUCAAGAACUUCCAUCAUGGCCUCCCAGUUCAAGGGGAUGCUGGGGCCUGCAUCCUAUAAGUGGAUGUCAGCCUCAGCCAAGGGUGGUGAGACUGAGAUCUCUGCACCCAAGAAGGCCAAAACUCCCAUAGGUAAGCUUGAUGACAAGGCGACGACAGAGGGUCUGCACCCCCACCAGGAGAAGGAGCCCCUGCCAGCCUUCCCAGACAACACAAACCCCACCACAGGAGAGAUUGGCGGCCCCCGGGGACCCGAGCCCACUCGCUACGGGGACUGGGAACGGAAAGGCAGAGUGUCAGACUUUUGAUCUGUCUCCUCAUGGCCUCAGGAGCCAUUAGUGUCUCAUCUGCUGUGAAUUUAGGACCUGAUCUGCCCAUAUCAGUGUUGACUGGUGGUUUUCAGUCUUGCACUUUAUUUAUAGUACAUACUGCUUAGAUUUAUGUCUCACUGAAUGGUUCUUCGUUAAAGAAUUACCAUUUGUAUGUAAAUGUAAAAAUAAUGUAAAUACACAAAACUUUAAAUC